AUGCGUAGAUUUAAUCCUCAAUGGUACAAUGAGUUUGGCACUUGGUUGGAGAAUAGUGAAUCAAAAGAUGCUGUAUUUUGCUUGCAUUGUUAUCUAUUUAAAUGUGAGCAUGGUGAUGGAAGGGGUGGUCAAGAUUCAUUUGUGGGAGAAGGAUUUAGCAAUUGGAAGGACAAACAACGACUUCUUAAACAUAUUGGGAAAGUUGAAAGAAUUAAUAAGUUGUGCUUCAGUGCUGCCAAAGAUUUGAUGAAUCAAAAUCGACAUAUUGACAUUGUUGUGUCUGGUUUGGCUUUCCGGGGACAUGAUGAGACAGAUGCUUCAAUGAAUCAGGGAAAUUUUGUGGAGCUUGUAAAAUUCCUUUGUGAAAGCAAUAAGGAGGUAAAUAAUGUAUCUCUGAAUAAUGUCCCAGAGAAUCUCAAAAUGAUAGCUCCCUCAAUUCAGCAAGAUAUUAAUAAUGUUACUGCAAAUACUACAACUAGUUUACUUAAAGAAACGAUUGAGUUAAUUUUUGCCAAAAAUGGCUUGAGCUUGACAAAGAUUCAUGGUCAAGGUUAUGAUGGUGUAAGCAACAUGAGUGAUCAAUUCAGUGGUAUGAAAAGCUUGAUUUUAGUUGAAAAUAAUUUUGCUCACUAUGUUCACUGCUUUUCACAUCAACUUCAGUUAGCUCUAGUAGCUUGUGCUAAAAAGGUUUACACAUUGACCAACUUCUUUAAUUUUAUACCGUUGUUGUGUAAUGCAGUUGGUGCUUCUUGCAAAAGAACAAAUAUUUUGAGAGAAAAGCAAUUUGAUGAGAUAGUUAAAAGUAUUGCAAGCGAUGAUGUUCAAUCAGGGAGAGGCUUGAAUCAAGAAAUGAGUUUGUCACGACCAGAGGACACACGUUGGAGCUCACAUUAUCGAUCAUUGGUAAGUCUGUGUACAUUGUUUGGUCAUGUGCUUGAUGUGCUAGAAAUUAUAAAAGAUGAUACAACCCUUUUGCAUGCAAAAAGGUCUGAAGCCUCUGGCCUUAUGAUGCGUAUGCAAACUUUUGAAUUUGUAUUACUUUUGAAAAUGAUGAUCAUUGAUCAAGGUCUUGGCAAUAACGAGUGA